AUGACCCCUCCGUUAACGCCACAAAACGCCCAGGACACAAACAUGGAUCAAUUGGAAGCCCCGAGGCCUGUCUUUCACAACUAUCUGCGCGCCUUCUACCCUUUUCACCCGGCUGGCAAUGUCUCUCCUUCGACCGUUACACUCCCGCUGGACCAGGGAGAUAUCAUUUUGGUACACUCCGUUCACACCAAUGGCUGGGCCGAUGGUACAUUAUUAGAUUCUGGGAAUCGCGGCUGGUUACCCACGAAUUACUGCGAGGCUUACGACCAAUUACCCAUGCGUCCUUUGUUGAAGGCCUUGACUGAUUUCUGGGAUAUCAUUCGAGGAAACUUCGGGUCAUCACUGAAGGACUUUGGAAAUCAAGACUUGAUGAGAGGCCCUAUCGCUGGCGUCCGCUUUCUACUAGAAAAAUCAGAAUGUCUUACUCGAGAAUCCGCUCUGGUAAGGCGAUUUGAGGGACUACGCAGAAUUCGAAAGGCUUUGCUAUCUGACCUGUCUUCGCUGGUGAAAACUGCGAAAAAGUUCCAGGAAAUUGCAAACGGGCUCCCGUCAGAAGACGAGGUUGAGGCCAUUCUGGAUGAGAUGCUUCUCAAGGCUUUCAAGAUUGUUACUAGAGGAGUUCGAUUCCUCGACGUCUGGAACGAGGAGGUAGGCUUGGGUCGGACUAUCGCCGAGAUGGAUGGGCCCAACGAAAGCUCAGGCCAGUAUAGCAUGCCACCGACUCCUGCAUCCGAAACUUUCAACUUGGGCGAGAACGAGGGACCUGAUCGAUCUGCGUCGCGAAUGCUGGAAUCACGAAUGGACCAUAGCCGGAUGGAUAUGAGUCGAUCAUCGAUGCGCACGGAGAUGGUUGAUCCUAGACCGGCCUCCGUCGCUACCAAACGGGUUUCUGUAUCCCACCGCAUGUCAGUCUCCGGCCCUUCGACUGCCAUCGUUGCCCAGAAUCUGGCAUCCGAACGCCUGGGAACAACAUAUGAUGCAUUCCUCGGCGUACUUGGCUCAUUCCUCGGGUUCCAUAUGCAGUCCCGCUCCUCGAUGGAGUUGGUUGUCACUACACAGCAGGCUGUCGAGGCAUGCAAGCAAUUGCUAAACGUCAUUGAGGUAGUAUGUGAGCAUGGUACACAUCGCAGCGCGUUUCUCGAACAGGCACGAGAGUUAAUGUGGGAGAAGCUAUCUGAGCUCGUUCACGCUGCACGCGACGUGUUUCGUCCCGCACAAAUGCCAGAAGAUGAUCUAUUUUUCAUGGUAGAUGAAGGAAAACGCCUUGUGGGUGCUGCGACUGACUGUGUCCGAGCAGCUGGAAACUGUUUGGCCAAGGCUCGCCUGGUGCUUGAGCAAAUUGGUGACCUUGAGCUUGACCCUGAACACUUCGAAGAGGAAAGACAGGAAUUGUCUAGCGUUGCCUCUCCACAAGAUGAACCGCAGACUCCCGUAGAAGAAGAGCGACAGGAGAUGUCACGUCUUCCCCCACCUCCUCUUCAGAUCCCUAGCACACCUGCUCUCACCGACGCUACAACACCUUCAUCCUUUCAGUCUCUUCCUGCAAAUUCCCCCGCCAACAUCACCGCCAUUUCUUCUUUACCUAAUUCUGCCAUACUCCCCACCCACCUCGAGAACAUCUCUUCCUUCUCCUCCACUGACAGUAACUACCGUGAAAGUCAUCCCAAGUCUGAUAUGAGCGAAUCAUUCGGACGUGGAAUUACAAGCAAUGGCAGCAGCUUCACGUAUAAUAGCCAUGCACGUGAUUCUGAGAUGAGUGGCGUUUCCCAAACCUCGACUCGGGCUACCUCGCCUGAUAUUGGGGGUAGCUUCCAGGGUAGCUUCAAGGUUCACUCGCUGAAGGAGAGUCUGAGCUACUCCACCCUCGCCGAGGAAAAUGAGGAGACUGAGGCCAACAUCCUGGAGAAGACUUUCGCACACGAACUUAUUUACAAGGAAGGUUCGGUGAUGGGCGGGAGUUUGCGUGCUCUUAUUGAGAAGCUGACUGCUCAUCAAUCUACCCCCGAUGCCAUGUUUGUUUCAACCUUCUACCUCACCUUCCGUCUGUUUGCUACGCCUCUUGAGUUUGCCGAGGCCCUCGCUGAACGCUUCGACUAUAUUGGUGAGACACCCCACGCCGCCGGACCCGUCCGUCUGCGUGUAUACAACAUCUUCAAGGGCUGGCUCGAGUCGCACUGGCGCCACGACCGCGACAACACGGCCCUGGAGUUCAUCGUCGACUUCGCAAGCACACGACUUAUGGCGGACCUUCCCACUGCUGGUAUGAGGUUGCUUGAUUUGGCCGGCAAGGUGUCCUCCGUUGGUGGUCCUCUUGUGCCUCGCCUGAUAUCUUCCAUGGGCAAGACCAACACUUCCAUUGCCCAAUACAUUCACCCCGAUACUCCCUUACCCCCUCCCAUCCUUGGCAAGAAGGAGCACCACUUGCUCAAGCAAUGGAAGAACGGCGAAGCCUCUAUAACCAUCCUUGACUUCGACCCACUUGAGCUCGCCCGCCAGCUCACCAUUAAGGAGUCACGCAUUUUCUGCUCGAUCCUUCCCGAAGAACUGCUGAACACGGAAUGGACUCCAAAGUCAGGAUCGUUGGCUGUGAACGUUCGCGCCAUGUCAACUCUCUCGACUGACCUCGCCCACCUCGUUGCUGACUCUAUCCUAUACCUCGAGGAGCCUAAGAAGCGUGCCGCUACCAUCAAGCACUGGGUCAAGAUUGCGAACAAAUGUCUAGAGUUGAACAACUACGACUCCCUCAUGGCGAUAAUCUGCUCAUUGAACUCGUCUAUGAUCUCUCGACUGAAGAAGACCUGGGACAUCGUAUCGCAGAAGACCAAGACUGUCCUCGAGCAGCUCUGCGGUAUCGUGGAUGUGUCUCGCAACUACGCAGUACUCCGUCAGCGCCUUCAGAACCACGUCCCUCCUUGCCUUCCAUUUGUCGGUACCUACCUGACCGACCUCACCUUCGUCGACCACGGCAACCAAUCUCUCCGCACCCUCUCCACCCAUGACAGUGAAAUGACUGUCAUCAACUUCGACAAGCACAUGAAGACAGCCCGUAUUAUCAGCGAGCUCCAACGGUUCCAGAUCCCCUACCGUCUGACCGAAGUCCCAGAGCUACAGGUCUGGAUGCAGAAUGAGUUUGUGCGCGUGCGCUCAAACGGCGAAAUCACCACACAAACCUUCUACCGCCGCUCUCUGGUUCUCGAGCCUAGAGAAGCCUCCCGCAGCGCAAACAACCUUCAGUCCCAGUCCGAGCCCAUGCCUUCCAUGCUUGACAAUGCCAAGGACAAGUUCGACUUCCUCUCAUGGACCAACCAUCCCAAGGCGAAGUCCGUCCCGACACACGGAUAA